CCUAAAGUCUACGUCCUCCAGCCUUGGAUUUUGAACCUCUUGAUGAAAUACGAACAGUUGGACUCCAGAAAUACUCAGGUGCCUGGGCAUAUCCUGAAAGUUGUGAGUGACUUGAAGGCUGCAGACCAAGGCAGUGCCGCCGUCCUGCACAUCUCAGAUGGGUCCUACUACAUCCGGGUGGUCGUCUCCCCGGAAGCUGUGCAGAUGGCAGAAUGUGUUCAACUGCAGUCCGGGUUCUCCAACAUCAUUGGCAGGAUUAUCAUCUUGCAGAAGUACAUGGUGUGCUUCCAGGAGGAGACCAAAGCGGAGGAGUGCGAGUUCUACCUGUCCGUCCAUGAGUUCAUCGUGUUGCCCUUGCAGAGGCAGAGGAUGGAGGCUCUGAACUGUAAUCAGGAGCCCUCAAUCCUCCAGAAGAUAAAGGAACUAUGGCAGAGAGGCCUCACCCUGAAGACUGUUUCCUCCUCAGGGAUGUCGGUGUCUCAGUUAAUGAUCGACAUAGGGCAGAGACGGCUCAAGGUUUUGAAGCAGAAUGUUGAGGAUUGCUUGGAUUUACUGGACCCAAGUGAGGUGCCAGCCAUAGGGGAGAGGCUCCCUGUCACCAACUGGGAGGUGGAGCGCAAGAGAGAGCUGAGUAAAGACGUCUUUACAGUGCCAGCCAACUUCCUGGUGAUUGGCCCAGAGGAGGAGGCGGCGAUUCGUGAUGCCUGCGUGGCAGGAUCUCCUCACACCGUUCCUGGGAGAAGCCGCCUUGACAGGGACCUGGAUGACUGUAGUGUAGUGUCAUGCACCAGUGACCCUGGCGCAAUGUCCCGAAGUUUGGACGUAUCCCUGGAUAAUCCCUGGGACAAGCUUCAGUCAGUGUCCGUGACUCUGUCCUCCUCCUUGGAAGAGAAGUCCAUUAUCCAGCCCAGCCUGCCAAGCACAGAAGAGGCCCAGCUACCCAACUCCGCAGAGGAGGCGGCCAUCACACAGCCUGACAGCAACACCCCAGAUUUCUUGGAGCCUUCCAGCCAGCAGUCCCCUUGUAGCUUAUCCCAGAAUGAACCAGUGGAGACUGUAUCCCCAUCACUGCUGUCCUACAGCAGUACAUGUCCCCCAGAGGCUGCCAGUCGAGGAACAGCUGCUGCCACGUUCCAGAGGGCACCUGAUGUGGAUAAACACCCUGAUGCCAGCUAUGACGUCCCCUGCGGCCAGCCAUCUGGAGCUUUCCAAACCAAUCUAUGUGGAGAACAGUGGUCUGCCAAGCUCUGA